AAACAUGGCAGCAAAGCAGAGUAACUGCACGCGCCAAUGGUGGAGCGUGGUAAUAAUACAAAUUUCUCCAUUCUAACAGAUAAGCACUUCCAGAUCAGUACACACACGGACUCUUUUGUUCUUUGAAAAUAAUUAGAGCUCACAGAAAGAGAAAAACCGUGUCUCACAGAAUAGAAUCUUUUUCACUGCACCUUCUCUCUCUAUCUCUCUCUUCUUUUUCUUCACCUUUUUCUUAAGCAUUAUCUCUUCACUUUCUAAAUUGAAGAUUGAAGUUGAUUUGGGGAUCAGUGAGUCAGAUGAUGAGAUCUACUUUACAGUACAAGAGAAUGGAAUUGAAAAUUCAGUUACAAAUUCUAUUUGGAUUGAUGUUGAUCUGUAUAGUGCAGUUUUCACUUGCAGCUACCAAUCCCUCUGAUGUCGCUGCAAUUAAUAGAUUAUAUGCUGCAUUGGGCAAUCCUGUACUUUCUGGGUGGGUUUCUAGCGCGGGAGACCCAUGCGGAGAAGCGUGGCAAGGCGUUCAAUGUAAUGAUACACUCAUACAAGAAAUAACUUUGGUUGGUGCAAAUUUGGGAGGAGAACUUGGUGAUAGCUUAGGAACGUUUGUUUCUAUCAAAUCAAUAACUCUAAGCAACAACCACAUUGGAGGAAGUAUUCCAUCGAGUUUGCCAGUCACCUUGCAAAACCUUUUCCUUUCGGGUAACCAGUUCAAUGGAAGUAUUCCCGUCUCUUUAUCGACAUUGACAGAACUUACUGACAUGUCUCUUAAUGAUAAUCUGCUGACUGGAGAAAUACCAGACGCCUUUCAGUCUCUUACGCGAUUGAUCAAUCUAGAUUUAUCUAAUAAUAAUUUGAGUGGGGAAUUGCCUCCAUCUGUAGAGAGUUUGUCAUCUAUGACGACCUUAAAUUUACAGAAUAAUAGCCUGUCUGGGACACUCGAUGUUUUACAAGACCUUCCACUGACAGAAUUGAAUGUUGAGAACAACCAGUUUUCUGGAUCAAUACCUCCAAAGUUGUUAACCAUCCCUAACUUUAGUAAAGAUGGAAACCAAUUUACUCCUGAUGAUGGUAAUGCUACUAUAGCACCUGCUCGUCCACCUCAUUCUCCAAUAACAGCUUCACCAUCAGGAACUGUGGUUCCUGGGACACCAUUUUUUGGACGGGUACCUCCUAAACAUGCCAAGGGACCAACUGCAUCCAAGAAAUCAAGUUCUGAGAAAUCGAAAACAAACACUAAAAGAGUGGUUUGGAUUACCAUUUCAUGUGUAUUGGGGUUUAUCAUCUUGGCACUGGCACUUGUUCUCUUUCUUCCAAGAUGUAGCAAAAGGGAACGGGUUGACAGAACCUCCAAGCAACAUCUGAUUGGAGCAUAUGGAGGCGAAAGAACAAAUCCUUGGAGGAAUAAUGGGGCUCUAGUCCAACCACCUAGUCAAACUGAGAAAGUAGUGAAAGGGGCUGUUGUAAGGCCAAAAGAAAACCGUCAAGCAGAGAAAAAAGAACAAAGAAUGGAAACAAUUCCAAAGCUAUUAAGUCAUGAGAUUGAUAUGGGUGCAAUAGAUCUAGAUUCAUUGCCACCUUCACCCCCACCCCCACCCCCACCUCCUCCUCCACCACUUUCCGCUGAGAAGGUGGUUGUUGAGCCAACCACAUUCCCUGGAGGGUCUAACAUCAAUCCUUCCAAAAGAAGUCCAGUUCCUCCCACCUUUGCAAAAUCUUUCACCAUUGCAUCCCUUCAACAGUAUACAAAUAGCUUUUCUCAAGACAAUCUUAUGGGAUUAGGCAUGUUGGGAAGUGUAUAUAGGGCAGAACUUCCUAAUGGGAAGAUACUUGCUGUGAAGAAACUAGACAAGAGAGUUACAGACCACCAAGAAGAUGAUGAGUUUCUUGAAUUGGUAAACAAUAUCGACAGAAUUCGGCAUCCAAAUGCUGUUGAGCUUAUUGGGUACUGUGCGGAGCAUGGGCAGAGGCUUCUGAUCUAUGAAUACUGCUGUAAUGGGUCGAUGUAUGAAGCACUUCAUUCAGAUGAUGACUUCAAAACAAGACUGUCUUGGAAUGCUCGUAUUCGGAUAGCACUUGGAGCAGCCAGAGCCUUAGAGUACUUGCAUGAGCAAUGUCAGCCACCUGUUAUACACAGAAAUUUCAAGUCUGCCAACAUUCUACUUGAUGAAGAUCUAUCUGUCCGUGUAUCUGACUGUGGUUUGGCUCCAUUAAUUACUAAAGGUGCUGUACGUCAGCUCUCAGGACAGCUGCUAGCAGCUUAUGGCUAUGGGGCUCCAGAAUUUGAGUCAGGAAUUUACACCUACCAAAGCGACGUGUACAGCUUUGGAGUCGUUAUGUUAGAACUUUUGACAGGCCGUCAGUCCUAUGACAGGACACGCCCUCGAGGAGAGCAGUUUCUUGUAAGAUGGGCAAUUCCUCAACUUCAUGAUAUUGAUGCAUUAUCAAGGAUGGUUGAUCCUUCUCUAAAUAAAGCUUACCCUGCCAAAUCGUUAUCAAAUUUCGCAGACAUUAUUUCUAGAUGUGUUCAGUCCGAGCCAGAAUUCAGGCCAGCAAUGUCAGAGGUGGUUUUGUAUUUGCUAAAUAUGAUAAGGAGAGAGUCUCAACAAAAUGAAUCAAAUGAAUGAUGAAAAUGGUAAUGAUAUUUGGAUAUAAGAGUGAUGUGCAAGAAUUUACCUGUGAUUCAAAAUCUCAACAUUUGAAGAUAUGCAUGUCCUAACAUCCUAGGAGGGUUUGUUACUUCCAAUGAAAUGCUAACCAUCCAAUAUUCACAUGCCAAUGCCAAGUUCUGCAAGGAUGUUUAUCCCAUCAGCUUCAGAGAAUUUUAGGCACCAAUGCUCCUGUAGUUAUUAUAUUUAUUUAUAAUUUAAUGUGUGAUAUCUUUCAUGGUUCAUUAAACCAUGCCAUGUUGCCCUAGUAACUCAUCCAUUUGUUUAUUUGAUAAUUGAUCCACAUUGUGGAUGAGUGAAUGUGAUUUUUUAGCA